UGUCUCGCUCUGAGGCGGGCGCGGCGGCCGGCGGCGCUGGGAACGGGGCGGCAGCGAGCGGCGGGUCCUGAAGGAGGCGGGCGGCGCCAGCCAGACACAGCUUGAGUCACUUCUGACUGCACUGCACAGCAAAAACUGAGAAGCAUGGCACUGCCCUUCCGGAAGGACCUGGAGAAGUACAAGGACCUGGAUGAGGACGAGCUGCUCGGGAACCUAUCCGAGCUGGAGCUGAAGCAGCUGGAGACGGUUCUGGAUGACCUGGACCCCGAGAACGCCCUUCUGCCUGCAGGCUUCCGGCAGAAGAACCAGACGUCCAAGGCUGCCACGGGGCCAUUUGACAGAGACCACCUCCUCUCGUACCUGGAGAAGGAAGCGCUGGAGCAGAAGGACAGGGAGGACUACGUGCCCUACACCGGGGAGAAGAAAGGGAAAAUAUUUGUCCCCAAGCAGAAACCUGUACAGACCUUUACAGAAGAAAGUAUCUCUCUUGACCCAGAGUUAGAAGAGGCUUUGACUAGCGCUUCGGAUACAGAGCUGUGUGACCUCGCAGCUAUCCUUGGGAUGCACAACUUGAUAACAAAUACUCAGUUCUCUAACAUUGUGGGAAGUAGUAAUGGUGUCAACCAAGAGCAUUUUUCGAAUGUGGUGAAAGGCGAGAAGAUUGUCCCAGUAUUUGAUGAGCCACCAAACCCAACCAACGUUGAGGAGAGCUUGAAGAGAAUCCGGGAGAACGACGCCUGCCUCGUGGAGGUCAAUCUGAACAAUAUAAAGAACAUCCCGAUUCCAACCCUAAAGGACUUUGCGAAGGCUUUGGAAAACAACACGCACGUGAAGCACUUCAGCCUUGCAGCCACCCGGAGCAACGACCCCAUUGCUGUGGCUUUUGCAGACAUGCUGAAGGUGAACAGAACUCUGAAGAGCUUAAAUGUGGAGUCCAACUUCAUCACAGGAGCGGGGGUUCUGGCCCUGAUCGACGCCCUGAGGGAUAACGAGACCCUGGCAGAGCUCAAGGUCGACAAUCAGAGGCAGCAGUUGGGGACAGCUGUAGAGUUAGAAAUGGCAAAGAUGCUUGAGGAAAACACAAAUAUCCUGAAGUUUGGCUAUCAGUUUACACAGCAGGGACCCCGGACCAGGGCGGCGAAUGCUAUAACGAAGAACAAUGACUUAGUGCGCAAGAGGCGAGUGGAAGGGGCCACCCGUGAGCGGUACGGCGGGCCCUUGGGAGGACUGGAAGGCGGCCAAGGGCCGGUGGUGGCAGCAGAUGCAGAUCUCUCCUGGUAGAAGGGAAAAGACUGGAAAUCUUUUUUUUAACUAUAUACAUUAUUUUCCUUGUUUAAGUUGUUAUCGAUUUCAAGUUGUAAAUCAACAGUAGAUGAUUCUUUAUAUUUUGAAGCAUUUCUACUUUCUACUAGAAUCUUUUUAAAGUUAGAUUAAUUGAAUGAUUUAUAAUGAAUCUUGGGCAAAAAAUACAAUUAUAACAGUGUUUCAGAACUCAUGCAGAAUAAUUUGAACAUUUUGAGGACCACUGUUUUUAAAAUCCAAAAGGGACAUUGCUGAUACGAAAGUACUGUUGCUUCUUCUAGGUAUAAGGCCCUUAAAAGCGUGCUUUUUAUUUCAUAACCUGGAGACCUUUCCAGACCUUUUUCCGCAUUUUAAAAUACAUGAACUUGGAGAGAGUUUUUUUUGUUUUUGUUUUUUUGGCACCGGGAAUCAAACUUGGGACCUUGCACUUGCAAGGCAGGCAGCAGAACCACUGAGCUAAAUCCCCAGCCCAAAAUACCAGAAUUUUAAAACUGAUGACUCAAAGUCUGGAGUUCAGGAGCCAGGCCACCCUUCUACAGGGAUGCAGUGCCCGCUGGAUUGGGCCGCUGUGCGCGUCACCCGGCAGCCAGGAUGCGUGCUUUGUCUAAAGUACGGUCACUUCUGUUACAAAGUUGUCACUUGCACAUGGGCAUUAUUGCAUUUUGUAAAGGCAUCUGAUGGAAAAGCUGUUUUCUUCCCCAGUAAAAGGCACAGCCGGGUCUGCUACUGAGGGUGGAAGAGGGCGAGCUGCUGCUAAGCCUGCAAAGCCGAGGGAACUGCAGGGCAGCUGCUACCGCUGCCACCACCUGCAUCAGAUCCGGUGGGCACGCGAGUGCAGCCCAGCACCGCCCGUGUGACCGGCCAGAGGGAAGCACGUGUACCUGCUGCUUAGAGUCCAUGUCGUGAACGUCAUUUCUGUAGCACAAGUGGUUUUGUCAGUGUUCAGGCAUGCCGGGCGGGGUGCUGUGAGCCUGCACGUCCAGCCCCACCUUGGGAGCCGCAGAGCGAGGAAAGAGAGGGAGCACCGCUCCACAGCGAGGUCGGCACCCAGAAAGAUACUCGGGAGGGGGAGACGUGCUCUUGUGUUUUGUUGUUGCUGUCACUGCACUGGGGAUUGAACCCAGGCCCUCAGCCACUAUGCCACAUCCCCUGCUCUGUUUUUGAGCCAGGCUCACUGCGUCACCAUGGUAGGACCUGAACCUGGGACCCCCAACCUUGUGUCCCCCAUGCUGUGGUCACAGCUGUGAGCCACCACCCCCGCCUGUUAGUACUCUUUUUAAUAAGCCUUUUGAAAUUGGGUGACUCUACUAUUUCGGCCUUGGCCAUUCCGUAUAUCUCCUGAGCUGGGCAGCUUGCGCAGCAUGGAGGUAAGCCUGCAGGCCAGGGCCUCCCGACAUGCUGAUGGGUGUAGCUUUCUGAAAUCAGCUUUCAGUGUUUCAAAGGGGCAGAGAUCAGCUUGCACAGCCUCCAGUUCCGUGCUUCUCUCCCACCCUCUUCUACCCCAUUCUCUCAGGCACAGCCUGUGAGUUCCCUGCACCUGUCCAGUCCAGACAGGUGUGGGGUCAGGGUUGGGGGUCAAGGCUCUGGCUCAGCUGGGAAGGCGGCCCCUCCACGAGGGUUCUCGGGAACCUCAGGCCACGCAGGGGAACGUCCUCUUCACUGCUGCUUAUCAGUGAGUCCGUUGUGUAACUGAAGAAAGAUUUCCUUAUAAGUAAUUCUGAAUAUGAACACAAUCAAUUGAAUAGAAAAACCCCUCAAGAUGUGUAAUUAUAAGGGAGAACAAGGUGUUUACUUUGAUCUUUAAAAAUCUGGCUCCUCUUAACCUCUUAGUAGCUUUCAGUAUUUCCAGAUCGCUCGUAAGAUUUUUAUAGUAGGACAGAUAAAUUAGGGUUUUGAUGUAGUCUUAAUUUUAAAACCAGAGACUUUCUAAGACCCUAGGUUUUGUAGUCUAACCAAUUUAAAGGUAUCUGGUUAUCUAAGAGAAUAUUCUUUGCAGUUUUAAAUUGCUGUUUUUAAAAAAGCUUUUAAUUACUAAUUUUUAUAAAGUUUAUAUUCAUAUUUAUCUGGGGUUCUAAUUUUUCCAGUGUGUCUACAUGAAAUUGUAUGUAUUAAAAGCUCAAUUUUAGUGGCUAAUAUGAAUACUAUGGAAAUGGAUUUUGGUGCUGUGUCCUUGUAGCUAAAGCCUAGUAAAAGAGUAAGUUAAAUACAUUUGAAGGCACCUGCCCAAAGAGCAGGUGAACAUGCAUGUCGCAGCCCACCAGCAGCUGUCCCGGGAGCCGUGGAGGGUGUGCAAGUGUGCAUCCCUGCCGCAUCUGGACGAAGCACCCCACGCUUGCUCUGUUAGCUGAGGUGUUUUCCAUUAGAAGGGGAUUCCGUGAUACAAUAAAAAUUACAGCAGGAAAGUUUGUUGGUAAAGUAUUAGUUGUGUGUGUUGUACGUUAUAUUGAGCCCUGCUGCCAUAAAACAAGGUAAAGGUAAGGUGAGAUCUGUGCUGCCUCACAUCCCCAGGCUGCCGUGCUUCUCUCUGGAACCAGGAACUGUGCUGCCUGGGCUGCACAGACACUAAACCAGGACCUUUCCCUCCUUGCAGACCAGAGGCCCAGACUUUCUGGGUGGAGCUGGGCGCCCUGGAGAUGUGGCUUCGGGUGCUGCUGCUCUGCCAGCACCCUGGGGGCCAGCGUGCCAGACAGUGAAUGGCACUGCCCGAGCCUGCGUCCAGGCACAGCCAGGCAGCUCUCCACUCAUGACCUUCAGUUGAGAAAGUAUCUUCAGAGCCAGAGAUGUCUGCACUGCCAUAAUUUGAUCUUAGUCAUUUUUCUCCACUGUAACUCAGUACCGCAAGUCCUUCCCUAUAAAAACCGAACAGCUUGCUACCUGUUCUGGAAGACAGGUGUCGCUGCGUAGCCUCACAAUCCUCCUGCCUCCAGUCUCCUGAGUGCUGUGACUACAGAAGAUUUUAUAAUAGGACAUUUAUAGUGUGCUACUAAUUUUAAAUUCCGCUUUGCAGAAGAUUGCUAAUUUCAGAGGGGCCACCCUCAGGUUACUAAUCACGUAAGAAAAAAGCCAUCACUGGGUGAGCUACUGUCAGCCAUUAUCAUGUAUUUUAGAAAGGUCAUUAGCUCGUAAAGAAUUAGAUUGAAGAUGGUGGCUUUAGAUUAAAAAUAGAUCGUCACACUAAGAAACACCAAAAGCUAUGUUGAUUUAACUGGCAAGUUCACGCAAGUUUAAGAUUAUCCCACACCUUCACAGUAUAGAACUUUUAUUCUUUUCUUAUAGACUCAGCGUGUUUUAAUUAAUGCAGCACAACUAACUGGCAUAAAACCUUCCAGGUACUGCAGUUUAUACAUGUUCAGACACUAAAGCUGAAGCAUAAAUCCUCAGUGCUUCCUGGUGGGUGGAUACGGCAAUUUUUAAGAGUUUAAACUUCAUCUCUGCUACAAAAAAAAGGGUUUUGUGGGGUUUUUUGGUACCGGGGAUCGAACUUGGGACCUUGUGCUCGCCAAGGCAGGUGGCAGAACCACUGAGCUAAAUCCCCGGCCCCUUUUGUGUUUUUUUUGAGACAGAGUCUUGCUCAAUUGUGGGCUGGCUUGGACCUUCUAAGCUUAAGCAGCCCUCCUGCCUCAGCCUUGUGAGUAGCUGGGACUUACAGGCAUGUCCCACUGCACCUGGUUGAAAGCUUAAGUUUUUGAUUACGUUCUAGAUGUUUGAUUUGUCUGCUUAGAUUGUUUUUUAAAAGUAUGUGGACAUAGCAUAAAAUCUUUGUAACUUCACAUAAAUUCCCACUUUUUCCAGCCUUUGAGAUGGAUUGUAGUGGGGUUUGAUUGUGUUGCAAGCAUGCAAAUCACCUUUGUAACAGGGCCUCAUUGGUCACAUGGAGCUGGGGAUUUAGGUGGAUGUUUUCUAAUGCCAAUAAAUCCUAAUACUCUGCUUUUUUUUCAAUUUAUACAAGUAUAAAAGCAAAUUUUAUAACUGACUUUUAAAUAAUAAAAUAUUCAUCCAGUU